UCCACUUCACCCAAUCAAGUUCACAAGCCCACCACCAACCACACACUGAUCUGUCAAGAGAAACAAAAAAAAAAAAAAAAAAACACUUUUUUAUCCUCCAUUUUCCCAGAUGGAAAGUGAGCCUUUUCUAGCCACCCAAACAAGGCCCCAACUCCAACCCAUCCUCGAAGUUGAAGAAGACCCAGAUGUGUCACCGACCCACAUGAAGAAAUCGAAUUCGGGUCUGGGUGGCCUGCACCGUUGCAGGACAGCUCCAGCCAUGGCUGUCAUGCGAGACCUCAAACCAAAGACACCCCAGAUUCCAAAACCACAGUCUGAUGACGCCAACUUCAUCAUCAGGCAAGCCAUUUUCUUGCUUUUCAUAUAUCUCUCUCUCGGAGUUUUAAUAUACUCUUUCAACAAGGAUAACUUCUCAGGUAUUGAAACCCACCCAGUUGUUGAUGCCCUUUAUUUUUGUAUAGUCACUAUGUGUACCAUUGGUUUCGGUGACAUAACUCCACUAACACCAGCUACAAAGGUCUUUGCUUGUGUGUUUGUGUUGGUAGGUUUUGCUUUCUUUCAUAUUUUGCUUAGUGGGGUUGUGAAUUACGUGCUAGAUUUGCAAGAGAACAUGAUUUUGACUGGGAUCAAAAUGAAUAGUAAGCGCCAACAAGGGUUUUCAGCUGGGGACUGUAUUGUUGAUGUAGAAAAGGGUAGGAUGAGAAUUAGGCUUAAGGUUGGUUUGGCGCUUGGUGUAGUGGUGUUAAGUAUUGGGAUCGGAACUUUGGUGUUGUAUUUUGUGGAGGAUUUGGAUUGGAUGGAUUCAUUUUAUUUGUCAGUUAUGUCUGUUACCACAGUUGGGUAUGGUGAUAGGGCCUUCAAGACGCUGCCGGGGCGGUUGUUCGCCGUGGUUUGGCUUUUGUUUUCGACGUUGAUGGUGGCACGGGCGUUUCUGUAUUUGGUGGAGGCCAGGAUUGAUAAGAGGCACAGAAGUAUUGCUAAGUGGGUGUUAUCUAGGGAUAUAACAGUUCAGGAUUUGCUGGCUGCGGACGUCAAUAACAAUGGUUUCAUUAGCAAAUCAGAGUAUGUAAUUUACAAGCUCAAAGAGAUGGGAAAGAUUGGGGAGAAAGAUAUAUUGCUGAUCUGCGAUCACUUCAGUAAGCUUGAUCGCAACAACUCUGGGAAGAUAACACUACCAGAUCUUUAGGAACCUUGUGACUGCGAGAAAUAUGAAGUCUGGUUCUAUUCUUUAGAUGGAAGACGUAUUGUUUCUCUCAUAUUGGGAGAGGAGGUGCACAAGGGACCGCACAUUCACAUAUUAUGUAAAUCUUGUUAGAGUUUUUUUCUUCUUCCAUUGAUACUUGUAAAGGUUUCAAGUCAUAUAGGAACAAUGAAAAACAGAAGCCAAUGGGAUAAGUCCCCCUUCUGUUGUAGGUUCUCUUACAGCCAUUAAAUUGAGAGGUUGCUGUGGAGGGUUUGAGUUGUAUGAUGUAGAAUUGACACUAAUAAUUCAAGUAGUCAACGAUGAAAGUAAACAAUCUUGGGAUGAUCGAUCUUCUAAUUCUAAA